CAAUAAUUGAUGACAAAGAAAGAAGGACGACGACGGAUGACGACGAAGACAAAGAUGGAGGAGAAGGAGGAGGACGACGAAGACAAAGAAAGAAGGACGACGACGGAUGACAAAGAUGAUGACGACGACGACAACAACCACAACGACCACAACGACGACAAAGAAAAAGAAGGAGGAGGAGAAGAAGAAGAAGAAGAAGAAGGAGGAGGAGGAGGAGGAGAAGAAGGAGAAGAAGAAGAAGAAGAAGAAGAAGAAGAAGAAGAAGGAGAAGGAGAAGGAGGAGGAGGAAGAGGAGGACGAGGAGGAGGGUCCCUUCUAGCCAUCCUCACCGCACCAAACCAAGUCCAGGGGUAAAACUUAAGCACUUUAUGCAGAAGUGCCAUUUCGUUGCCUUCAUCUUCCCCCCCGGAAAGAGAGUACACCGAGAGGGACAGGUGUUUCUGGGUGAAAUCCAAGCCUCAAAUAUCCUGAGCAAAACAGCCCAAACAAAAAAGAAAAAAAAGAGCACUAUGCUCGAACUCCAAACCUCCCUCGACUUUCCUUGUCAGCUGCAGUACACUCUUCCUUGCCUCUCCAACCCCCCUCUGCCACAUGGAGCAACCACAUGACAACACAUUGUAAUACACAUACAUUAGUCAUACAACAACAUGCCUUAAGCUUUCUUCUAGCUCUGUUAGGCUAACUCCCUCAUAAGACAUAGUCGAAGCCAGCACUCAGCGCACCGUUGCUUCUGACAAUACCUCUGAAGUUUCGAUGAAUCAGGCUUGAAUAUUUCACAGAAGAUGCACAUUGGAUCCACAGCCCCCGCGUCAAUACUUUUCAGCGAGUGUCCAACCAGCACUCGCCAUCACCCUGUUAUGCGCUUGAAGAUCUGCCAAACGAGCUAUGCGGUGGCCGCGGUUGAAGGACCUGAUAGUGUUCUAUCCACAUAGCUCAUCAGAGAAAAAUGAACCCUUGGUGGCUUGUGGCGAUCGGCCACCCUACAAGAAGACUGUUAGUUGACAUGCUCCAUAAUCAAGACCCAUCUACUCACACACUCCAAAGUGAAAAUGGUGAAAAAAGUGAAAACGGUGAAAACAGUGAAGACAAUGAAAACAAUGAAAACAG